AAGCCCCAGCUUCAUGUUUAACAGUAUCCACUUCUGCUCAAGCAUCUUUCAGCAAGCAUCAAUCUUCUUUCAAGACUUUCUUUAAUCACCUCAAACAGUAAAAUGGCAGAAAUCCCAGAAGAACGUAUGGAAGAAAUCAAGGAAGCUUAUGAAAUCUUUUGCCGAACCACUGAGAUGGAACUUGGAUUCGAUCAAGUAGGAGAUGUUUUCCGAGCCAUUAACCUUAACCCAACCAUUGAAGAUGUAGAGAACGCUCUUGGAAACCCAUCGAAAGAAGAUAUGGCUGCCAAGAAAUUGAAGAUCGAAGAGUUCCUUCCAGUGUACACCAAAUUGGUUACUGAAUUCACUGAAGGCACUUACGACGAUAUCCUUGAAGGUCUUCGUGUUUUCGACAAGGAAGGUAACGGAACAGUUAUGGGAGCUGAGAUCAGACACGUCCUUCGAACCCUUGGUGAGAAGAUGACAACCCAAGAAAUCAGUGCUUGCAUGGACGGCCAGGAAGAUAUGAAUGGUUCAAUCAACAUUGAUACUUUCUGCCGAUACCUCUUGGAAGAGAAAAAAGCUGAAUAGGAUGGCAAAGGGGCGGUUUAAGUAAAGGUCUUUUUAAAUCAAGAAAUCAAGAUUUAAAUGGAUUUUCAAAAUCGACACGUUGCUUGUUUAUUUAAUUGUGUUUAUUCGUAAAUUAUAAUAAAAUUGAAUCAUUUGACAUCA